CUGUAAAGCCAUAGCCCAUAAGAUAUCUAAUUCAGAUUUUUUAGUUUUUUCGAUGAUUGACCAUUACGUGUUAUAACUAUCAUAAUUCACAAAAGAAGUAAACUAAUAAAUUAGUUAUAACUAAUCAAUAAUCAUAAAUUUAUAAACAUAAUCACAAAACAAUUUUUUGUUUACGUAUACUCACAUUACAUAAUAAUUUAUAGUAUUGGAUUUUAUUUACUUUGUAUUUUUGGCAUGAAUAUAAAUUUUUGAAAAAUAAGUUAAUUUAAUAGAACAGAAAAAUAUGAUGGAUUCCCAAGAUGCUAAUCGUCCAGAACUGCUGGAAGAAGUAAGACUUUUUCGCAACGCUCGUGAACGUGAAAAAUAUGAUAAUAUGGCUGACUUCUAUGCAUUAGUCAACACACUGCAGCAUUUGGAAAAAGCAUAUAUACGAGAUUGUGUGACGCCCAAAGAGUAUACUGCCGCCUGCUCAAAACUGCUUGUUCAGUGCAAAGCUUCUUUUAAACAAAUUCAAGGUGACGACUUUCCAACUGUUGAGUCCUUUGUUAAAAAAUACAAAUUAGAUUGUCCCGCUGCAAUAGAGCGUAUUAAAGAAGAUCGGCCAAUUACUAUUAAAGACGAUAAAGGCAAUACUAGUAAAUGCAUUGCAGAUAUUGUUUCUUUAUUUAUAACGAUAAUGGAUAAACUAAGGUUGGAUAUAAAAGCAAUGGAUGAAUUGCAACCGGAUCUUCGGGAUUUAAUGGAUACUAUGAACAGGCUUAGUAUGUUGCCUGCUGACUUUGAAGGAAAACAAAAAGUAUCUGACUGGUUAAAUUCUUUGUCAUCUAUGAACGCAUCAGAUGAAUUAAAUGAAACCCAAGUGAGACAAUUGAUUUUUGAUCUCGAAUCAUCUUACAAUGCAUUCAACAAGUUGCUUCAUCAGUCAUCUUAGUUAAAUUUAUUAAUAAUAUUAUAAGUUAUACCUAAAUAUAAAAAAUAACACUCGAGUAUUUGAAUAAUUUUUAUUUAUAAGAAUACAAAUGAUAAUAAAUUGAUUAUAAUUAUAUGACAUUAGA